AUGUCAGACCUGUCAGAGUUUCAAAGAAGAAUGAUAGUUGGAGCGCGUUUAAGUGGAGCAUCGGCUACGGAAACAGCAAAGCUUGUGGGGUGUGCAAGGAGUAUGGUAUCAGCCGUUAUGACAGCGUACAUGAAAGAGAGAGAAUUUAAAGAUAUUUCUCAAGCAUUUACGAAAGAAGAAUUGGAUAAAAUUAAGAACAAAAUGAGAUUAGAGCUAAAACGCUGGAGUCAAGUUGAGUAUGACCAUCACAAUAGUUUGGCAUAUCUUGUGGGAAGACUUGCUGCUAAUUAUGCUUCAGCAUUUAAAGUAUUUUAUGAACUAAAAAAUAGAGCUUGUGAUUUUGAGCCCAAAACAUUUUUCGAUUUUGGUUCUGGUGUUGGGUCUGCUGUUUGGGCUGCACAUGCUGUCUGGGGCAAUUCUCUUAAAGAAUACUUUUGUGUAGAUGCAUCAUCAGAUAUGAAUGACAUAUCUCAACAACUCUUGAUAGAUUCAGAAACAGAAGAAAUGCUUAUAAAAACAGUAUACCAUCGUCAAUUUUUACCAGCUUCUGAAACAAUAAAAUAUGAUUUAGUUGUAAGUGCCUUUUCAUUAAUGGAUUUGCCUUCUCUGAAAGAUAGAAUGGAAAUAAUAGAUACGCUAUGGCGAAAAACUAAUGAUUUUCUGGUUAUCAUUGAAUAUGGGAAUAAUGCUGGAUUUCUGUCAGUACUAGAUGCAAGGGAUUAUAUUCUACAGGUGGAGAAUAUGAUUUAUAAAUCCUUAGGAUAUUCUUCACCUGGUGCCCAUGUUAUUGCUCCAUGUCCUCAUGAUUCAACUUGCCCGAGGCUUAUUGAAUCUUCGUACAAACCUUGUGGCUUUACUGUUCCAUACCAACCUCUGUUUCCAAUUGGAGCUGAGCCUCCUUCACGAAAAGACUGGAUUUCUUAUGUUAUUUUAAGAAAAGGGCGCAGACCAGAAACUGAUAUAUCCUGGCCCAGACUUGUAAAACCUGUAUUGAAAAGACCUAAACAUGUGCAUUGCCGUCUUUGUUGCAGUGAUGGGAAACUCCAUGAUAUUAUAGUAACAAAAUCUAGGCACGGAAGGCAUGCAUAUCGUUGUGCAAGAUCAAGCACUUUAGGAGAUUUACUGCCAGUACACUUAAAGCCUUUACCAGACAGAGAUCAAGAAACUGAAGAUUUUAGUCAUGUUAAUAAUGAUGAAAUAGAUACAGAAAGUAAUAAAACAUAAAAAUAUUAGUA